UGACUGCUUUCUCCUCUGUGGCAGAUGCAGAGUGCAGCAGCGCUGCAUUUGUGAAGAGAACAAGGGGGAGGACACGCUGCAGUAGGAGGAGAGACUAGGAGGCUAACAUUCAAUGCCGUCAACAAAGUCUACCUCCCGAGCACAGUCUGCACAACCUCCUAGUGAUCUAUUUUCAGCUUUUCUCUCUCUCUCUCUCUCCCCCCCUCUUCUAUCUCGCUCCUCCUUCUCACUCUCCUCUCGCCAUUCGCUGAUCUCUCAUGUGGCGCUCUCAGAUCUUCGCCGACGCAGUGACAGCCAGACUCUUGAGCUGACGGUGUCCAUGUCUACUCUGCUUUCCAAACAGACGACUGGGGCUUUUUGGACGAGAUUCACACUGCCUUUUUUUGCCUGCUAUUUAUUUUCCCCAGAUUGACAGUUUUUCAUACGUGGUGUUUUGAGAAGUCUACGUAACUGAGGGCGGUGUGUAUUUUAACUUUGCUCAUCUGAAUGGUUCAGUGCUGGUCUUCUCGCCUCUGGCCAAACUACUUGUUUUGUUUCUUCUGUAGCCUGUGCUUGGAACAUCUCUCUGGUCACCUGGAGACACUACAGUUCUGUUUGAGCCAUGGAACCUCAAGGAUCUCUCUCCAUCAGUAGUUUCAUCUCUAGAAGAGGAAUUCUGGAGUUUUCUUUAAAGAUCUAAGAGGGAUUUCGCAGUGUUCACCUUCUCAUCUAGUCCAAGCUUUUCUCUCAUUUUCUGCAUCUGAAACUUGCCUGGAUAGUGUUUAUUUUGUUUACCCAUAUGUAUUGGAAGGACACCCUUGCACUGGCAUGCUUUUAAGGCCCACCGUGCCGGGGCUGUGCGCAAUGUUGCAGACCAUCUAUGAGACCGAGUCCUGCUUCUCCUCAGACGCAGUGUCCAGCAGUGAGCAACCUCUGGAGCUGCUGCCCCUGUCCCAAGUGUCGGCCAUGCCCAGUGCUGCUGUGGAGGUGAAGACAACUCUCCCCUCGGGGAUGCAGAGCCCUGUGGGCGGCAGUGAGCAGGGUGUUGGAGGUGGUCCCGUGGACCUGAGGACUGAUCCCAGGCUGGGACCCCUGGGUGGAGGAGUGGACCCAGCCAUGAGGGAGCAGCAACUGCAGCAUGAACUGCUCCUCCUCAAGCAGCAGCAGGAGCUUCAGAAACAGCUUCUCUUCGCUGAGUUCCAGAAGCAGCAUGAGGUGCUGACACGCCAGCAUGAGGUUCAGCUGCAGGAGCACCUGAAGGCGUCCCUGCAGCAGCAGCAGGAGAUCCUGGCGGCCAAGCGGCAGCAGGAGCUGGAGCAGAAGAGGAAGCUGGAGCAGCAGAGGCAUGAGGAGCUGGAGAAACAGAGGCUGGAGCAGCAGCUCCUCAUGCUACGCAACAAGGAGAAGGGCAAAGAGAGUGCCAUUGCCAGUACGGAGGUGAAGCUGAAGCUCCAGGAGUUCCUCCUGAGCAAAAAAGAGCCUGGUACACCUGGCGGACUAAACCAUUCCUUCCCCCAGAAAUGCUGGGGGGCCCACCACACCUCUCUGGACCCCAACUCCCCCCCUCAGAGUAACACUCCGGGAACGCCGCCCUCCUACAAACUGCCCCCACUACUGGGGUCCUACGAGGGCAGGGACGAUUUCCCUCUCCGGAAAACUGCCUCCGAGCCCAAUCUGAAGGUGCGUUCGCGGUUAAAACAGAAGGUAGCUGAGAGGAGGAGCAGUCCUCUGCUGAGGAGGAAGGACGGGACAGUGAUAAGUACCUUCAAAAAGAGAGCCAUCGAGAUCUCUGUGUCCUCCAUGUGCAGCAGUGCCCCUGGCUCCGGGCCCAGCUCGCCCAACAGCUCCAACAGCGCCAUCGCAGAGAACGGCUCCAGCGGCUCUGUCCCCAACAUCCACGCAGAGCAGCUGCGGUCCCUUCACCAGACCCUUAACGCUGAUGGGACAGUCAGUCCGCUGAGCCUCUACACGUCCCCCUCGCUGCCUAACAUCUCCCUGGGCCUGCCAGCCAACUCGCACCUCACCGCCAAUCAGAAGCUAUUGCAGGAGGCGGAGAGGCAGGCCAUCCAGACCAUGCGUCAGGGUGGGGCUCUGACGGGCAAGUUUGUCAGCACCUCGUCCCUGCCGGCAUCAUGCCUGCCACCUGGGAUGCAACACGACUUAGACUCCACCCAGGCCCCCAACAGCCACAGCAGUCACUCCUCCCUACUGCAGCACGUCCUCCUGCUGGAGCAGGCCCGCCAGCAGAGUGCCCUCCUCUCAGUCCCCAUGUAUGGUCAGUCGCCGUUGGUGACGGGGGACCGGGUGUCCAACAGUAUGCGCACGGUGAACAAGCUACCACGCCACCGGCCCCUGAGCCGCACACAGUCUGCACCCCUCCCCCAGAGCCCCCAGGCCCUGCAGCAGCUCGUCAUGCAGCAGCAGCACCAGCACUUCCUGGAGAAGCAGAAGCAGUACCAGCUCAACAAGAUUCUGUCAAAAGGGGUGGAGCUUCCUCGCCAACCGCCCACCCACCCUGAGGAGACAGAGGAGGAGCUCACAGAGACACAGGAGAUGCAGGAGGAGGGGGCGGAGUCUGAGCGUCUGGGGGAGGGUCGUCCUCAGGAGCAGAGGCUCCAGAAGGAAGAGUCGGGGGAGACGUCACCCCCCUCAGAACGCCUGCUGACCCCCCUGAAGGGCGAGAGUACAGAGAGCGACCUGGAGGAAGAGGAUGAUGAAGACGAGGCCAUCGAGCUGAGGGAGUGUGAUGAGGAGGGCGUACCUUACGGCCAACAUCACCUGCAACAGCUCAAUGUGUUCCAGGCAUCCCUGUCCAUUUCGGGCAUGCCCCACAGACCUCUGGGAAGGGCCCAGUCCUCCCCUGCCACUGCCAGCGUCAAGGGGGCUCCCAUGGGUGAGGUUCCCAUCAAGCACCUCUUCACUACAGGGUUGGUGUACGACACCUUUAUGCUGAAGCACCAGUGUAUGUGUGGGAACACCCACAUCCACCCAGAACACGCCGGCCGCAUCCAGAGUGUGUGGUCCCGGCUGCAGGAGACUGGGCUCCUGGGCCGCUGUGAGAGGAUUCGGGGGAGGAAGGCCACGUUGGAUGAGAUCCAGACUGUGCAUUCAGAAUACCACACACUGCUGUAUGGAACCAGUCCCCUCAACAGACAGAAACUAGACAGCAAGAAGCUCUUGGGUCCAAUCAGUCAGAAGAUGUAUGCUGUGUUGCCCUGUGGAGGCAUUGGGGUGGACAGUGACACUGUGUGGAACGAGAUGCACUCCUCGGGCGCUGUCAGAAUGGCUGUUGGCUGCGUCAUCGAGCUGGCUUUCAAAGUGGCCGCCGGGGAACUGAAGAACGGCUUUGCCGUGGUGCGUCCACCAGGCCAUCACGCUGAGGAAUCCACUGCCAUGGGCUUCUGCUUCUUCAACUCAGUGGCCAUCACAGCCAAGCUGCUACAGCAGAAACUAGGAGUGAGCAAGGUCCUCAUCGUGGACUGGGAUAUUCACCAUGGUAACGGGACACAGCAGGCUUUUUACAACGACCCCAAUGUACUUUACAUUUCCAUGCAUCGCUACGACGAUGGAAACUUCUUCCCCGGCAGUGGGGCUCCUGAAGAGGUGGGGGUUGGACCUGGUGUUGGCUUCAACACAAACAUCGCUUGGACAGGGGGCGUAGAACCGCCCAUGGGUGACGUGGAGUACCUGACUGCCUUCAGGACGGUGGUGAUGCCCAUAGCCAACGAGUUCUCCCCUGACGUGGUCCUAGUGUCCGCUGGGUUUGAUGCCGUGGAGGGCCACCAGUCCCCUUUGGGAGGAUACAAUGUCACUGCUAAAUGUUUCGGCCACCUCACCAAGCAGCUGAUGAAGCUGGCGGGGGGACGUGUGGUCCUGGCGCUGGAAGGAGGUCACGACCUCACGGCCAUCUGUGAUGCCUCCGAGUCCUGUGUGGCGGCCCUGCUCGGCGAUGAGUUGGACCCCCUGCCACAGGCUGUCCUGCAACAGAAGCCCUGUCCAAAAGCUGCUGCCUCUCUGGAGAGGGUCAUCGAGAUACAGAGUAAACACUGGAGCUCUCUCCAAAGGUUGGCUCCCACGGUGGGCCAGUCCUUAAUGGAUGCCCAGCGGAGAGAGAAGGACGAGGCCGACACGGUCACCGCCAUGGCAUCGCUUACCGUGGAUACUGAGCAGGCCGCCACUUCCACCGUCUCCACGGAGACCAGCAGGUCUACAGAAGAGCCAAUGGAAGAAGAGCCCGUCUUGUAGGAGGAAACAGAGUUGUCACGACACCUUUGUCUCCACGUCCUUCGGCACUAGCCUUCUCCUGUCAUCCUCUCCUCUUUCCAGCCCUCGCCUCACCUCUUUCCAUUUUCUGAGGAUUGAUGGACUUGUGCUAGCCUCCCUAUCCAACUCACUGAGGUGAGUUUGUUAAAGUGUGUGUGGGAGAGGAGAGGCGUUACACACACACACUGACCUAAAGGGGGCAGCGGCGGAUAUGCGUGAUUGGUGGAGAAGCAGGAAGAGCCGGGACCUUUUGAGGAGCCUGUGUGUCUUGCUUUUUUCUUUCAAUCUUUUUUGUAAGCAGAAGGCAGUGGAUCCAGGAGGGUACCUCGGUUCUGGGGCCCGAGAAGCUUUGUACAUUUCUUGUCAUACUUUAUACUUUUCAGGAACAUUAGAACUGAAAAAGCCAACAAGCAGCAAAAAUAUUUCAACAGCCACAAAUACACUCAAACACACUCGCAUUAUAUUAUACACACUAAGUUCCCAACAGCGGAACAACAAUGGGGUUGUAUCAAUGAAUAAUGCUCUUCCUUUCAGAGCAUGCGUACCUCUGUUCCUAUUUUGUCUGUCGUUUGGUAUUCUCAUGCAUCUAUUCAAUAAUCUGUUCAAAGAAGCACACAAACAUAUGAUAUGUAUAUUUGCAUAUAUAUAUAUUACUGUAUAUUCCUUUCACUGUAUCCGAUAUCAGCUGUGGUUGUGGAGUGGAGGUCGAGCUGUGGAUCCUGCCAAGGGGGACUUUCUGGCUGAAGGAGACAUCUCUCCAAUUCAGUCUUUUCUUUUUUUUCUUCAGGAAGCCUCAGCUCCCUCCACUUUGUAUGGGACAGAAUGCAUUUUGAGGUGGUUUUUACCCUUCUACUUUGUUUGGACUAUCAAAAAAGGACACAUACAUACCCACAAUCAAAUUUACCGCUUGGUGCAAUGGAAGCCCACGGAUUGGACGAGGAAGGAUUUUGUGGAAUAAUACUUGGAUUAUGAACUUUUUGUCUCACGCUUGCUGCUGCGACUGGGAGACUUGUGGUGGUCAUGAGACUGGAGAAAGACGUUUUUAGAAGAACUUGGUGCCUUUAUAUUAAAUAUCCCUGUUAACACCAACUACACCACCACUUAGCAGAACACAGGACAGAAAGACAAAUCCACACACUUGUUACUCUCAUGUCUGUUUUGUUUGUAUAUUUGUUUGCUUGUUUCUUUCAAAAUGCCUUAAUUUCCUCCAGAGAAUGCACCAUUUUAGCCAUCUCUGCAGAUAUGGGAUUCUACUCCUAUGUCCUCUUUCUGGGUUUGUGUAAUACUCUAGGUCAAAGGUCAGUGUGGCCUUAACUGAUUUUUUUUUUUUUUUUUUGCGUCCUUUAUCAAUUCCGACCCGUACAAAUGCGGCUGACGGUAUGAUUGUGAGGAAAUUUGAACGCUACAACGACCAACUUUUUGCCAUGUCACUCACUUCCUGUCACUUGUAAAUACUGCAUCCUGUCCUGCUCUGGCAAACCCCUCAACCUGAGACGGUAUCAAUAACGAACUCAUUGUUUUUCCAUUUAUUUAGAGAGGAAGGACUGAACUUGGUCACUUUUUUUAAACAAACGUUUUAUUUUGUAAAAAAAUCAAAUAUAAGAUGUAUAUGAAUAAUGACAAUAACAGUGUUAAUCCAAUCAAAUUGGAUAUGAAUAUUAUAUUUGAGAAGAGUUAAAAAAAAAAUAAUAAUAAUAAUGUAUGCUAAAGCCACCUUAAGCACACAUCGUGCUGGUUUUGCAAUCAAUGUUUUGUCCUAAGUGCCAUUUUGUUUUUUCCACAAAAAAAAAA